UGGCCACAAGAAAAGUAGUUUGUGUCUGAACCAGGUGUCAAGCAGAAAAGUCCCGCCUCUUCUGCUUACGUUGUCCAGCAAGAUGGCGGCGUCCAGGGCGUUCCUGCGCCUGGGUGCCCGAGAAUGGAAUGGGAGAGCCAAGGGCAUCCAUAGCAAGAGUGAGUCGGUGACCCCAGACAGCAAUCAGAAGAGACGAACGCUAUUACAGUUCCUCUCAGACCACUUCUAUGACAUCCAGGCUCUGAGAGAGUAUCUGCUCCAGAAGCAGGUCUCAAAAGUGAACCGGAAGAAUCGAUCCUUCACUCACAUCCAGGAGAAAUAUGGCCCAUAUGUCACAGGUGCCCUCUUCAUCCUGAAGCAGGGAGGCGCAGUGAAGUUUCAGGGCAAGGAGUGGAUCCGGCCAGAUGACCGUGGCCAUUUUCCUGCGGAGUUCCUGAAGUUCCAGGAGGUACCUGUGGAGGCUGUGGAUGCCAGUGGCUGUGCCCUCAACUACCAGGGCAUGAGUCACCUUUCAGUGCCCCUGAAGGAGCUGCGGUCUCUGUCACUGCAGCGCUGCCCCAACGUGGAUGACUGGUGCCUCAGCCGCCUCUACCUACUGGCUGACUCCCUGCAGGAGCUCUCACUGGCCGGAUGCCCCCAAGUCUCAGAACGGGGCCUUGCCUGCCUCCACCACCUCCAGAACCUCCAAAGGCUGGACAUCUCAGCCCUCCCUGCUGUGUCCCACCCAGGCCUCAUUCAGAUCCUGGUAGAAGAGAUGUUGCCCCAUUGUGAGGUCCUUGGUGCUGACUGGGCCCAGGGCCUGAAGCUGGAGCCAGACCAGCAGCCUCAGGACACAUCUAGCCCAGUCUCUCCCUAGCCUGUAGCCCCACUCUUGCAGGAUCUUGUGAGGCUCUGUGGAGUGUGAUGUCUUCUCACUCUGGCUUCCAGUGGGGUUCAUUCAACAGGAGCAUUGGCAAAUAAGAAGGCUGAGUCAGGGUUUUGACUGGUGUUUGCCUGCAGCUGGCAAACAGCUGUCACCAUGGCAGACAGCCCUCCAUGCACAGCUGCUCGCAGCUCCACGGUUUCUCAUUAUCCCUGUUUGUCAAGAGCAUUCCCCCAAACUGUCCACAUGCAUGUCCCCAGCAACUGUGGCUGACAUGAGACACUGCUGGCCCUUUACAGUGGUUGGUCCCUCCUUGUGCAGGGUUGGUCAGCACCACAGGUGGCCAGCAUCCUUGGCCCACACUCAUUAAAGGCCAGCAGCACCCCAAGCCCCAUGGCAUCACCCAUUGAUUUACUGACUUGUCAAAUGUGGUUUCCCUGCUCUGUGAAAAUGUGAGCUGAGCGGCUGGGAAAAUGUUUUCUUCAGCUGGCACAACAGACUUCGUCAGUAGAGGACGCUGGAGAUAACCCAGAGGGAUGGCCAGGACUGCAUGGAGCUUAAAGUGGUUCUCCAGCUCCCAGAUUGCUGGGUGGUUGGCACCCCUGUUGUCUGUGAAUGACUCCUGGUGUCCAUGUUACCAGUGACUGUCAUGACUCUAACACACCAUACAAGUGUAUGAUUCUUUAUAUUAAACUUUCCCUGUUCACAUUA